AUGGAUGUUACAUUUGAUGAACUUUCACCUUUUUAUGGUUCCCCUCAAGAAGGACAUUGUCAACAGGGGGAGAGAUUGUCACAAGUAUUUCCUCUUCCUCUUCCUGUCCCAAUUGAGUCUCUUGACAAGCCUACAUCCUCACCAAAUGAACCAAAGGAGGAUCAGCUACUUCAUUCAUCCUGUCCUGGUGCUCCUAUUUCUUUACCUCCUCGUCCUACCCAUAAUCCAAAAGUGUACCAAAGGCAAAGAUCCAAAAAUGAGCAAGUUGUUUCCCUUACAACAGAUGAGGCUCAUACACUCCCAAUCACAAAUGAGAUAACAGGUUCUGCUCCAACCCCCUUGGAACCAUCAUUCACAAAUCUUGAUGUCCACAUUGUUGUUAGGAAAGGAAAGCGGAAGUGCUUUGCACACUGCAUUUCCAAACACCUUUCUUAUGAUYUACUUUCUCCUUCAUACUUUGCUUACCUCUCUUCAGUUGCUUCUAACUCUAUUCCUAGGUCUGUAUCAGAAGCUCUUGGGAUUCCAGAAUGGAGAGAUGCCAUGAAGUCUGAAAUGGAUGCUCUACACAAAAAUGAUACAUGGGAAGUGGUGGAUUUGCCUGAAGGGAAGGAUCCUGUUGGAUGCAAGUGGGUCUUUACCAUUAAAUACCGGGCUGAUGGGACUAUUGAGAGAGCUGCACUUGUUAAAUUCGGCUAUGUUCAGACACAGUCAGAUCAUACUCUCUUUGUGAAGAAAAGUGGAUCUCUAGCAGUGUAUCUCAUUGUGUAUGUUGAUGACAUUAUAAGGAAAUAUGUCCUUGAUUUGUUGUCUGAAACUGAAAAGAUGGGUGCUAGACCAGCUGCAACUCCCAUUGAUAUGAGUCGCAAACUUUCAACUUCGGAUGGAACAUUGUUGGAAGACAAACGGGUCUUUCAGAGACUUCUUGGGAAACUCCUGUACUUGUGCAUGACUYGGCCAGAUAUUGCAUAUGYUGUCAGUUGUAUUAGCCAGUUCAUGCAUGCUCCCAGAGAUACUCAUAUGACAGCUGCCGAACGAAUUUUGUGUUAUCUAAAAGGCAAUAUUGAUGAUAGAAGAUCUACUUCAGGGUAUUGUAGUCUGGUGGCUGGUAAUGUUGUCUCUUGGAGGAGCAAGAAAUAA